AUGUCCGCCGGGCAUUUCGAGGUUUGCAGCAUAUGGGCCACCCCCAGGCAGAAGGCGACCCUCUUGGCCGAGUGUGUUGCGAGGGAUGGUAAUCCCCUCGCGUGCACCCGCCAGGCCAAGCGGCGACAUAACACGCUCAAGGACCAAGCCGUGCGAGUCAGACCGCACUUCGAGAGGGCUCCAGCUUCUCUCGCGGCGCCGGCCAUUCGCGUGGGGGAGCUCAAAACCAAGAACCUGGAGCUGGAGGCGCAGGAGCACGAAGCGGCGAGGAUCGCCGCCACCGCGUUCGGCGAGCAGUCUCAGGCUCAGCGCCCUCAGUCUGUCGAUCCUCCCGACCUUUUUCUUCAGCAGCUGGCGGAGCUUGGGCUCGAGCAAGGCAUGUUGGGCACCGUCAAGGCAGUCGUGCAGUCGCGUGACAAGGCCAAGGCAGGGGCCGACGUUAAGGCCAAACCCGAACAGCAAGCAGUGCCCCAGGACGAUGCGGACCUUCGUGAAGGUGGUGAUGCUGCUGUUCCUGGGAGUGUUGCUGAUCAGCCGGGCGUUGUCGGAGGCGCAGGCAGCACCGUCGACAGCAAGGAGGACAUCGACGUGGACGAGGCGGUCCGCAUCCUCAAGCAGGGUGAAUGGCUUGACCACGUCGAGGGCGACGGCGAGGGCGGCGCCACCCGCUCGCAGCUGGACGCCGCGCCCGAGGAGGAAGCUCGUGCAGCGAAAAAAGGUAAAUAG